GGACCAACUGGACUCUGUCAGGAGGAAUGACUACUCACCUACAGACCAGGAUCUGCUGCGCUGCAGAGUUCUGACCUCGGGGAUCAUCGAGACCAGGUUUCAGGUCGACAAGGUCAACUUCCAUAUGUUUGAUGUUGGAGGACAGCGAGAUGAGCGCAGGAAGUGGAUUCAGUGCUUCAACGAUGUGACCGCCAUUAUCUUCGUGGCGGCGAGCAGCAGCUACAACAUGGUGAUCCGAGAGGACAACUCCACCAAUCGGCUGCGAGAGUCUCUGGACCUUUUCAGAUCCAUCUGGACCAACAGGUUCCUGAAGACCAUCUCAGUGAUCUUGUUCCUGAACAAACAGGAUGUUCUGGCUGAUAAGAUUCGCGGUGUAUCCAGGCUGGUUGUUUCCCGGGUGCGCUGCUUCCAGGUGGCGGCUGAUUCUGUUCCAGAUGCUGAUGAAGACCCCCAGGUGACCAGAGCCAAGUUUUUCAUCAGAGACGAAUUUCUGAGGAUUAGCACAUCGAGUGGCGAUGGGAAACAUUACUGUUAUCCUCACUUCACCUGCGCCAUCGACACGGAGAACAUCCGCCGCGUCUUCAACGACUGUCGUGACAUCAUCCAGCGCAUGCACCUGCGCCAGUACGAGCUGCUCUGAUUGGCCACUGGCGUUCCCCCCCCCCCGAGCCUGAGACACGUGACCUGAAGAGGCUAAAGCUAAUCUCUAAUCUGCUGAUAUAUUCACACUAAAUGUUGUUUGAUUAGUGAUCGAUAGGAUAGAAUGUGUCUGUUUCCUUUCUGCCUGUCCGCUGCAGGGGAUUGUGGGUUGUGUAGUUCUGUCGAUGGAAAGGAAGCAAAAGUUAGAUCACACCCAAUAAAACCUGUAGACAUCAACACAAAGCAUACUGCGCAGGCGUCAACACUUUAAAUAUUCCAAAAUCCCCAUCACCAAACCCACCAGACUCCAUGUAAAUAAUCAGGACUUUUAGCGUGUAUAGAGCCAG